CUUGAGCAGCGGUCUCCAUCACACCGUCGUCUCUCACUCUCUCCGUCAGGCCUCUCUCUCAGCAAUGUCUACUCAAGUAGAAGCAAACCCAACUCAAGAGGUGAAUCAACAUGAGCCUAUAGAUUCAACUCAAGCAGAAGCACACCCAACUGAAGCAAAUGAAGAUGAAGACCCAGUUCUUGGGAGAAAGAGGAAAAAAACAAGUAAAAUUUGGGAGGAUUUUGAUUUAGUUAAAAUUAAAGGUGUUAUGAAAGGUGUCUGCAAAUACUGUAAGAGUAAGUUUGCUUACACUGGAACAGAAGCUAGCACUGGUGCUAUGUGGAGACACAUUGAUGCUUGCAUAAAAAGGAAAUUGCAUAUGAGUACCGAAAAGAGACAAACCACUAUUCCAUUUCAGCCUUCAAAUGCAGUUAAUCCCUUUAUUGUUCCUGGUGCUAGAUACUGUAACGAAAAGAUGAGGGAAAUAAUGGCAACUGCUAUGAUGGUUCAUGAGAAUCCUUUUAAUGCUGCCGAACAUCAGAUUUGGGUGUGGGCCUUCGAAUAUGCAAAUUCUGAAUUUCGCAAAGUUUCACAUAAAACUGCAAGAAAUGAUUGUGUGGCACUAUAUGAGAAGGAGAAGAAAAUUUUGAAGACACAAUUGGAAAGUGUGAGCAAGAUUAGUUUAACUACAGAUAUGUGGAGAUCUAGCCACCAAGUAGUUGAAUAUAUGGUCAUAACAGGACAUUUCAUUGAUGUAGGGUGGAAUCUAAACAAAAGAGUUUUGAGUUUUGUGAAAGUGUCUGCACCUAGGCGUGGUAUUGAUGUUGCCGAUGCGAUUUAUAAAUGUUUGAAGACUUGGGGGAUUGAAAAUAAGGUUUUUUCAGUAUCUGUUGAUAAUGCUUCUUACAACGAUUCAUGUUAGAUGCUCAGAGGCUCAUUGUUUCAUGUUAGAUGCUGUGCCCAUAUAUUGAAUUUGUUAGUGCAAGACGGCCUUAGUAAAAUUAAGGACACUAUUUUCAAUAUCCGUGAAAGUGUCAAAUAUAUUAAUCACAAUGAUGGAAGACUAAAGGCAUUCUGCGACGUGGUAGAGCAAAAAGGUUUGAAAGAAAGGAAACUCAUUAUUGAUUGUCCAACAAGAUGGAAUUCAACUUUUAAUAUGUUGUCUACUGCUUUGAAGUUCAAGAUUGCAUUUGCAUCCUACCAAGAAAGAGAGCCUCAUUAUGAUUUAGCCCCUUCACUUGAAGAAUGGAACAAAGUUGAGAAAGUUUGUAAAUUGCUAGAAGUGUUUAAUUAUGCUACUCAUGUGAUCUCAGGUAGUGAGUAUCCGACUGCAAAUUUGUAUUUGGCUGAAGUUUGGAAGGUGAAAGUAAUACUUGAUGAGGCAGAUGAAGAUGCAGAUCGCUUUAUGAGAGAAAUGGCAAGUCCAAUGAAAGCAAAAUUUGACAAAUAUUGGGGGGAGUGUAAUCUGUUGAUGGCUAUUGCUAGUGUUUUGGACCCUAGGUGCAAGUUUCAUAUGGUGCGUAUAUGUUUUCCCAAGAUAUAUAAAUCUCAAGAAGUUGCCGAUGAAAAUAUUAAGAAGGUCAGAUCUUCAUUGGAUGAGUUAUAUGAUGAUUAUGUAGCUCUAUCUUUGGCAGAUGCCUCUUCUUCUAAUGGUAAUUUGAAUAGUAACACUCAAUCAUCCUCCCAAGCGAAUGUUGCAGCUGUCAAAACUGGAUUUGAUGAAAUUAUGUGCCUUAUUCAAGAAAAUGUAGCUAUUAGUCCAAUGAAAUCAGAAUUGUAACA